CUUCCGAGCCGAGCUGCUCUCUGAGCCAUCCAUAUCCGAUCUAGUAGAUACGCCCUUCUACCCACCAGAGCUUCCAGCCACGCAAUCAAGAUGCCAGGAGAUUCAGCUUCACAAGGCUCCAAAGACAACAGCAAAGCCACGGAUAUCGAAGCUCAAGCACAGUACGAGCAUCGACCCUCAGUAGAUUCUAUGGAUUCAAUAAGCAAAGCAAAAGCAAGUGCGUCCUCCAGUCCACCCAAAUCCAGUAUGCGCGCCGCCCUCUCCAAAGCCGCACACAGGCUCUCCCCCUCCCACUCCCGAUCAUCCAGCAAGGACGCUGCGGUCCUCGCGGGAUCGGAAGAGGAGUUCGAGAGCAUGAAGAAGCAGGAGGUGGAGGCGCAGAAGAGGCAAGAAGAGUAUGCAAAGUACGGGCUAGGUGCUAAAGGGUUCGGAAAGGGGAGCAUGCAGAUGAAUGGUUAGAUCGGGAUGGAGGAGGGAGAUGGUCCUGCCGAGGCAAGGCAAAGGGAGUGAUCGCCGAAGUAGUAUUUCUUUCUACGCGUGAUGGACGAGAUUGUGUGAUGGGCGUUGAGGCUUGGCCUCCGCCCUUUUUCCCUUUAGUAACCGUAUUGGGCGACAUCUUGGAUUGUGGAGGAAUUAGAAAGGGCAUACAUAAUACGCCGAGUGUGC